AUGGCAUUCAUUACGCCUUGGGGUGUGUAUCACUACAGGGUGAUGCCGUUCGGCCUCAAAAACGUCGAUGCCACUUACGUGAGAGCCAUGACGACUAUUUUCCAUGACAUGAUUCACAAGGAAAUUGAAGUGUACGUGGACGAUGUCAUUAUCAAAUCCCACGAGAGUUCAGAUCAUUUGACACACUUAAGAAAAUUCUUUGUGCGUUUGCGUCGGUAUAACUUGAAGUUUAAUCCCGCCAAAUGCGCUUUUGAAGUCCCAGCUGGGAAGUUGUUGGGGUUCAUAGUCAGCAGAAGAGGCAUUGAGCUUGACCCCUCAAAGAUCAAAGCAAUUCAAGAGUUUCCUCUGCCGAAAACGAGAAAAGAGGUGAUGAGUUUCUUAGGGAGGUUAAACUAUAUCAGUCGGUGUAUAACACAAUCAACAGUGAUAUGUGAGCCUGUUUUCAAGUUGUUGAAGAAAGACGCCCCGACUAAGUGGACUGAAGAGUGCCAAACUGCUUUCGACGCUAUCAAGAGCUAUUUGUCUAACCCACCAUUAUUGGUUCCUCCACGAGAGGGGAGUCCUUUGUUGCUGUAUUUGUCUGUUUCGGAUAGUGCCUUUGGAUGUGUACUUGGUCAACACGACGAGACAGGGAAGAAGGAAAAGGUUAUCUACUACAUAAGCAAGAAAUUUACUCCGUACGAGUCUCGGUACACUUUACUGGAGAGAACAUGUUGCGCCGUGACGUGGCUUGCCCAGAAAUUGAGGCACUACUUGUCUUCAUAUACUACAUAUCUUAUUUCCAGAAUGGAUCCAUUGAAGGUCAUUUUCCAGAAAGCGAUGCCGACUGGAAAGUUAGCUAAAUGGCAAAUGUUGUUGAGUUGGAGAUUAUUCUUUGACGGAGCGGCGAAUCACCAAGGUAAAGGUGUUGGAGCAGUCCUAGUAUCGAAAUCUGGUCAGCACUAUCCUAUGGUUCAAGGAGAAUGGACUGUGAAAAACUCGAAAAUUGUACCUUACGUACAGUAUGUGCAAAAUCUGUGUAAAAGGUUUUGCAAGAUCGAGUUCAGACACACUCCCAGAAUACAAAAUGAAUUAGCUGAUGCUCUUGCCACCAUCGCUUCGAUGGUCAAACAUCCGGAUACUGAUUACAUCGACCCGCUGGAUAUAGAUUUGAAUGAACAUCCAAUCCAUUGUUCGCACGUUGAAUCAGAACCAGACGAUUUGCCUUGGUAUUUUGACAUAAAGAGAUACUUAGAGUCUGGGACAUAUCCAGAAGACGCUACAUCUAAUCAGAAGAAGUCGAUACGUCGUAUGAUACACGCUGGAGUUUGCGGCACACACAUGAACGGGCUUACUUUGGCAAGAAAGGUUCUUCGAGCUGUUAUUCAUCGAAAGUCAACUGCUUAUCGCCCCCAAAUGAACAGAGCUGUAGAAGCCGCCAACAAAAAUAUCAAGAAGAUUUUGAGGAAAAUGAUUGACAAACAGCGGGGUUGGCAUGAAAUGUUGCCAUAUGCUUUUCUAGGUUAUCGAACGACGGUCAGAACAUCGACUUGGGCUACUCCAUACUUGCUAGUAUAUGGAACAGAGGCAGUCGUGCCUGUUGAAGUCGAGAUACCGUCAUUGCGGAUCAUCCAAGAAGCUGAAUUAAGUAACGCCGAAUGGCUUAGCAAACAGAUUGAUCAACUAGCCUUAAUUGAUAAGAAGAGAAUAGUUGCGUUUGCCAUGGCAAGUUGUACAGACAGAGAAUGA